AUGGGUUGUUUCAACUCAAAAACAAGCGGGAAUAGCAUCCCAAUAUCACGAAACUCCAGGCAACUACCUUCUCUCUCAAAUGCGAAAUCAGGCGAAGACGGUAAUGAGUCGUCUGUGAAAUUCCUUACUUAUGAAGACAUCAAGCGAGCCACGGACAAUUUUGCCAACGUCCUCGGUGAAGGAGGGUUCGGAAAGGUGUAUAAGGGCCGGUUGCGCGGCGUUAACGGGGACGCUGAUGAGGAAACGACUUUCGUUGCGGUCAAGGUUUUGGCUCCGCACAGUUUCCAAGGGAUGGACGAAUUUCUGAACGAGAUCACUACAGUGGAGGGCGUGCAACACCGCAACAUUGUGAGAUUGCUGGCGUGCUGCACGGAGAAGGUCAAGGCGCUGGUGUACGAGUUCAUCCCCAUGGGCGAUGUAGAUGCAUGGCUUGCAAAAUGUUCUGAAGGCAAGGCAAAAUUUCCCUGGGCUGACCGGAUGAAAGUGAUUAUGGGAACAGCAGAGGCGCUGACGUUCAUUCACAAGCAACGGUUCAUUCACCGGGACUUCAAGUCCAGCAACGUGCUUUUAACGGAAGACUUCACACCGAAGGUGGCUGACUUUGGUCUGGCCAAGGGCAUAGAGGACUGGAAAACGCAUGUCACAACACGAGUCAUGGGCUCCAUGGGGUACAUUGAUCCCACUUACUUUGAGUCAGGUCACUUGUGUGACAAGAGUGACGUGUUCGCUUUCGGUCUGUUCAUGGUUGAGAUUCUCGCGGGCAAGUCGGUUCUUCGGGAAGGUUUUGCGGAAGACAUUAAGGCGUGGUUAUACGAGGUGGAUGCUCCCACCGCUGCGGAUAUGAUGGACCUUGCAAUCAUCAAUGAAGCAAACAAGACAGAAGCGAGCGCCAUUGCGAUAAUUGCCAAGCAGUCGACAGCCAGGGACUGGGCUGAUCGUCCAACCAUGGAGGAGACGUCAAACUACCCGGUGAAGAAGCCAGUGGGGGCGGGAUUUCCAGAAUACACAUACGAUGAGAUGAUGCUGAUGACCGACAAGCUCAAGAAGCCCAUCGGCCAGGGGGGCUUCGGGGUCGUGUACAAGGGGUACCUGCAGGACCCCGCAGCAGUUGCUGCAGCAGCAGCAGCUGGUGGUGAUGGAGGGGGUGGUGGAGCGGAUGGGGGAGGAGGAGGCGCGGCAGCGGUGGAUCAGGUUCUGGUGGCAGUGGCGGUGAAAGUGCUGGAUAACGAGGAUGUGGAGCUUAAAGACGACGAGCAGUUCCACGUGAGUAGGGCGGAGUUGAUGGCAAUGGAGCAGCUGAAGCAUCCCACCAUCCCGUCGCUGUAUGCCCAUGGCCGUCUGCCUCGUUGCCCACCCCCACUCGUUCCCCCUUCAUUCCAUCAGGCGGAGUUGAUGGCAAUGGAGCAGCUGAAGCAUCCCACCAUACUGUCGCUGUACGGAUUUGUGGCCAAGCCCACGCCCGCCCUCAUCUACGAGUUUAUCACCAACGGCAAUGCCGAGGCGUACCUCAGAAAAGCGGUGCAAGGCAAGGUGGAGUUUUCCUGGAAGGCGCGGCUGCGGGUGGCUCUGAUGUGUGCGGAGGCGCUGCAGGUGAUGCACAGCCACAACUACGUGCACCGCGACUUCAAGGCCUCCAACGUGCUGCUGCGCGAGGACCUGACGCCAGUGCUGGCGGACUUUGGCUUGGCACGCACGGUGAACAACUGGCAGAGCCACGUCACCACGCGGGUCAUGGGCUCCACGGGUUACAUCGACCCCGUCUACUUUGAGUCUGGUCAUCUGAAUGCCAAGUGCGACACUUAUGCGUUUGGGAUAUUUCUCCUCGAACUUCUCGCAGUGAAGGUUCCUCCUAACCUCCGCCGUUCUACUGCAUCGGGUCGAAAGAUUAACACUGACCGAGAUGGGAAUUCCCGUAAGAGCCGCGGAGUCCAGGUUCGAGCUCGCGCGGACGGCGAGAUUUCUCUGUUGCUGGAUUUCAGCAAAGUUUUCUCGUCAACCCCAGCUCCCGGCGAGCCCGUCGUUUCCGUGGACAACGAGAGCAGCGAGAACUACACUAUUAUCACCGUCAGCGCGCAGAAUAGACCUGGACUGCUCCAGCUUCUAACGCUAACGUUUCGUGAUCUCGGCCUGGACGUCGGCAAGGCCGUCGUCGAUCUUGAUGAUGACGGUAACGUGGCCGACGCGUUUUACGUCACGGCCGUCGACGGAAAAAAAAUCACCCAGAAACGCGAUCUGCAGAACAUCCGCAAGUGCGUGGUGAGAGCUCUGGUUCUAGACGCCAAGGGUGACUCGCCGAAAGAUGCUCCGGUCCGGCCGGCGAGACUUAUUAGGCCGGUUACAACGCUGGACCCGUCGGCUUCGCCGGAGAUGAAACGGCGUACGGAGCUGCUGCACAACCUGAUGGACACAUACAUCAAGAACGACGUGCUGUCCAUCCAGCGGAGCAUUGUGGACCACGUGGAGUACACCAUGGCGCGCAGCAGAUACAAAUUCGACGACUUCGAGGCGUACCAGGCGACAGCGUACAGCGUGAGGGACCGGCUGAUUGAGAGCUGGAACGACACACAGCAGUACUUUAAGGACCAGGACUCCAAGCGCGUCUACUACCUCUCCAUGGAGUUCCUCAUGGGGCGGUCGCUGUUGAACAGCAUAUUCAACCUGGGAAUGAAGGACCAGUAUGUGGAGGCGCUGGGGCAGCUGGGCUACAAGCUCGAGGUGCUGGCGGAGCAGGAGAGGGAUGCUGCUCUUGGCAACGGUGGCCUUGGCCGCCUGGCAGCCUGCGUGCUCGACAGCAUGGCGACGCUCAACUACCCGGGAUGGGGCUACGGCAUCCGCUACCAGUACGGCAUGUUCCGGCAGACUCUACAGGACGGCUUCCAGCACGAGCAGCCGGACUACUGGCUGACGUUUGGCAACCCGUGGGAGAUAGAGCGCGUGUUUGUGACAUACCCCGUGCGCUUCUACGGCACCGUUGAGUCCUACACCGAGGCCGGCUACCCCCGCAAGCGAUGGGUCGAGGGCGAAACGGUGGAGGCAGUGGCAUAUGACAAUCCUAUCCCCGGCUACCACACCAACAACACCAUCAACCUGCGCCUGUGGGGCGCGAAGCCCAGUGGCGAGUUCGACCUGCAAAGCUUCAACACGGGGGACUACGUGAACGCGAUUCUGAGCAAGCAGAAGGCGGAGGCCAUCAGCAGCGUGCUGUACCCGGACGACCGCACGUACCAGGGCAAGGAGCUGCGCCUCAAGCAGCAGCACUUCUUCGUCUCCGCCACCAUGCAAGACGUCGUGCGCCGCUACAAGGAGGAGCACUCCACGUUCGAUGAGUUCAAGGACAAGGUGGCGCUGCAGCUGAACGACACGCACCCAGUGCUGGCGCUGGUGGAGCUCAUGCGCCUGCUGGUGGACCAGGAGGGGCUGGAGUGGGGGUACGCGUGGAACAUCACCACGCACACCUUCUCCUACACCAAUCAUACGGUGCUGCCGGAAGCGCUGGAGAAGUGGCCUGUGGAGAUUCUCGAGACUCUGCUGCCGCGCCACCUGGAGCUCAUCUAUGACAUCAACCACAACUUCAUUGUGGACCUGAAGAAGCGCAUCGGCAACGAUUACGACCGCCUCUCCCGCAUGUCCAUCAUUGAAGAGGGCGCGCACAAGAGCAUCCGCAUGGCAACGCUGGCGGUGGUGACGUGUCAUACCAUCAACGGCGUGUCUCAGAUCCACACAGACCUCAUUGAAAACACGCUCUUCAAGGACUUCUAUGACAUCUGGCCACACAAGUUCCAGAACAAGACAAACGGUGUCACCCAGCGUCGCUGGCUGGCGUUCUGCAACCUGGGGCUGGCGGCGAUCCUGACCCAUUCAGAUCAACUUUCCCACUUGUCCCACUCUGCUGCGCUCUCUUCUCCCAAACCCCCUCCCCCCCCAUCAGCGUCGCUGGCUGGCGUUCUGCAACCUGGGGCUGGCGGCGAUCCUGACCCAUUCAGAUCAACUUUCCCACUUGUCCCACUCUGCUGCGCUCUCUUCUCCCAAACCCCCUCCCCCCCCUAUCAGCGUCGCUGGCUGGCAUUCUGCAACCCGGGGCUGGCGGCGAUCCUGACCCAGUGGCUGGGCACAGAGUCAUGGAUCACGAACCUGGACCUCGUGGCUGGGCUCAAGGAGCAUGUUGAUGACCCGCUGCUGCAGACACAGUGGAUGCAGGUGGGGCUGCUGUGGGGCUGGGGCUGCUGUGGGGCUGGGACUGCUGUGGGGACUGUUCGUAGGCAGAACAAAGCUCGCCUGGCUGCAUACAUCGAGGGGAUUUCAGGGAUCAAGAUGAGCAUCGACGCUAUGUUUGACGUGCAGGCGCAUCCGCAAGUGAGCAUCGACGCCAUGUUUGACGUGCAGGUGAAGCGCAUUCACGAGUACAAGCGGCAGCUGCUCAACGUGAUGGGCAUCAUCCACCGCUACGACUGCAUCAAGAAGAUGAGUCCCGAGGAGCGCAAGCGCGUGGUGCCGCGCGUGUGUCUGCUGGGAGGCAAGGCGGCGCCAGGAUACGACCUGGCGAAGAAGAUCGUGAAGCUCAUCAGCGCCGUGAGCGAAGUGAUCAACAAGGACGAGGACGUGGGCGACCUGCUCAAGCUG